GACUGGUGGUGAUGAUCAAGGAGCACAUCACCAAGCCCACGGCCAUGGCCCAGGGGCGCGUUGCACACCUCAUAGAGUGGAAGGGCUGGGGGGGCGGGGGUGAAGGAGGGGGUGACCUGCAGGAAGAUGAGCAGCUCUAUUCUCACCUGACCGACGAGAUCAAGGAGGCCCGCUUCGCCGCAGGUGAGCAGAGAGGAAACAAAGCCUUGGGUAUGUCCCAAAUGGCACCAUGCUCCCUAUAUAUUGCACUACCCUGGUCAAAUGAAGUGCACUAUAUAGGGAACACAACCCUUACACAACCCUUACAUUUCACGCUUCUGCCUCUAACCUUAGGAAACUAUUUUCCACCUUCUCCUCCCUCCUUAAUCCUCCUCUUUAUCCCCUCUCUCUCCAGAGCAGAACAAAUAAUCCUCAGCCUACAGCCUACCCGACCACUUGGAGGCGUCCGCAUGGUCCUAAAGCACACCGAUGCCUCAUUUUGUAUCACAUUCCAAUGAUAAAACUGGGGGGGACAAAAAUGCAAUUUCAGAAUGUGGGGGGGACAUGUUCCCCCCGUCCCCAGUGAAAGCUGUGCCCCUGCACUGAUGAGUGAUGGAGUAGGGAAGCCAGCGGGAGGUCUUCUAACCCCUAUGUCCCUUGGUUUCUCAGGAGUAGCGGAGCAAUUUGCCUUGGCUGAAGCGGCCAUGAAUGUCUGGUCGAUGCACGAAGGCCCAGAACAGCCAUCCUCCAGCUUAGACCCUCUGCAAGGUACUGACCAUUCACUGACCAGUGCCACAUCAAAAUAAUCCUUGUCAAAUGUAGAGGCUUCUUGUAUUUAGUUGAAUACCAUUUCCAACCCAUCUUUCCACUUCUUUGUUUCACUAACUGUUUUAGCUCAUGUUGAGAUGUUCUCUCAUGUAAUAACCCCUGAAUGACAAUUUAUGUUUUGUCAACUUCCUGUCCCCAGACAGCCACUUUGUGUCUCACUUUCUGUUAGACGUUGGCAGCGUUGGGCUCCCUCAGCAUCUGUACAGUAUCCACACAAAGGCCAACAACAACUACGAUGCCGGCUCCCUGGGGCCUCCACACCCAGCCUUUUCUGUUUCCCCCAUAUCUCCCCCCUCUCAGCAAGACAGUGAGCGGCGCCCCCCAGAGGAUGGGAGGUCUGGAGCUGCAGAGGCCACCACCGUUCGACACGUAGACAGCAGCUCCCUAUAUGAGGAUGAGGUUUUUUACAAC